UCAAAGGACAGUCUUGGUGCUUGUCAACGAGCCCGGGCUUGGGAUCUGUUUUCUUCAAUAGCCGAGAAGAGCCGCCCAGGAAGUGAACCACAAGUCGAAAAUACUAGUGGUAUCGCUGGUCCCCAACUACACGCUGCACAUUUUCCUUCUUUUCAGUCGCAUUUACGUCAAAAGUGUUUGCGGAUUUCACUUCCUUCUUACGAAUGUCGAAUGCCUCGAUUAAUGGGACCGUGAAUGGCGCGGUUUUACUUAAAUUCGUACAAGAAAGUCGGACUACUUUGUUGACAGUUCAGUAAAGUCGAACGGGAAGUUCCGACAGAGGGAGGAAGAAGUGUAGUUUUUUUCAUGAGUUAACGGUACUUUUCUUUUUGUUCUUCCACCCUGCCUGGAUCCUCUUAUCAUGACGCCUGACCUCCUGAACUUCAAGAAGGGAUGGAUGUCAAAACUGGAUGAUUGCGGUGAGUGGAAAAAGCACUGGUUUGUUUUGACUGAUGCUGGGCUCAAGUACUACAGAGACUCCAGUGCAGAGGAGAAAGAUGACUUGGAUGGUGAAAUUGAUCUGAAAUCCUGUGUGAAGGUGUCAGAGUUUGACGUAGAGAAGAACUAUGGCUUUCAGAUACAGACACAGGAGGCCGUGUUCACACUUUCUGCCAUGACCGCAGGAAUCAGGAGAAACUGGAUUGAGGUUUUAAAGAAAUGCAUAAGGCCCCGCACCUCCCCAGACAUUACACAAUUGCCUGACAGCAGUAGUGACAAAGAAAACUGUCACACACGCCUGCAGCUGCCUUCCCGGCGACCGCCAUCACGCCAUGCUGAGGUUCCAUCGGAGGUUCCUACCGCUCAGCGCCGUUUCGACUAUGUUGAGCUAUCCCCUGUUCCUGCUGCGUCCAGCCAUACGCAGGUCAAUCCGAGAGAGAUCGGGGAGGGUCGGCAGUUGGACAAGACACAAGAUGCCACGAGCAGCCAGUGGGAGGCUGUCCUGUCUCGGAAGGGCACCGGCGGGGGAGUCAACCAAAGGCUACGUAUGGAGGAUGAGAUAGAGAGAAAGUGGGCAGAGUUUGAACGCAUGCCUUUAAAGGAGAAGCCAGCAGUGAGGUCACAUCCUGUCAGCCAGUCAGCCAAUGAGGCGCUGCAGAGGGAGGUGGCGUCACUGAGGCAGCAGCUUGCACAACUACAACAGGGGGGUAGAAGGGGAGGGGAUGGAGGGGUAAAAGAUGGCUGCGGUCCUGACGGUCCCUGUGGACGCAGCCUGACUGCCAUGGACCGCGCUCAUCGACAAGCGAUGGAGGAACUUCAGAGGCAGCACGACCGCCAGAUGGCAGAGUUAGAAAUGGAGAAAAACAGGCUGUUGUUGGAGGAGAUUCAAGAUAUGUCACAAGUGAUGGAAGCACUUAAGAAGAAUCACAAACAAGAACUGGAGAGGGAGGUGGAGAAGGUCAAUAGACUCAGUAGUGGAUUGCUUGAUCCACAAUCCAUGCGCAUGCAACAACAGGCAGAAACUCAGUCUUUGCAGAGAGAACUAAGUGGACUAUCUGAACGCUAUUCUCAGAAGUGUCUGGAACUAAACCGAGCAGAACAGAACAAUGCUGAAAGAGAGCGGGAACUCAGCCAAAUGGAGCGAGACCUAGAGCUGCUCAAAAAAGAGAACCAGAAUUUGAAGGACCGCUUGGCAGAGGAGAUAUUACGCAUGCGAUGUAUCAACACAGAUCUGGGUUCAAAUGACACCAAAAAUGGGAGAACCUGUGAAUUAGAGGUACUUCUCAAAGUAAAAGAAAAAGAGAUUGAGUACUUACAUAAGGAGAUCAGCUGUCUCAGGAAUGAAUUGCAGUUUCUUAACACGGAGAAGCGUCUGGCAGGUGAGAGAUACGCGGAGGUGAAUGAGGAGCUGAGUGGGAUAAAGGGUCGGAGCGAGCGGGAGAUCCAAAGUCUAAAGGAGCACUUGAGGUUGGCCAUGGCUGCUCUGCAGGAGGGCCAAAGGCUGGGUAACAGCAUGGACCAUUGAGAGUCUGCUUAAAAUCCUUAGUCAAAGGUGUGUCUGCAUCACUGUGACUGAAUGAACAGAAGAUGUAGAAAAGUAGAGGAAAUGGUUGAAUUUUGUGGUAGGACCGUGACUGUGCCUUUUAUUUCAAACAUUCCGCCAAUCACGCACCAUGGACUAGCUGUGAACUGGCUUCAUUACACUGGACCACGUCUGAUAAAAAGACUGCACUAUUCAAUUCUUAUUGAAGCUUCUGCCUCUAGCCAGUUAAAGUGUGUAUGAGCGUGUGUUUUGUCUUAAAACUGGAAUAUUUGUCGACCAUUAUUGUUAUAGUUUCAGGUAUUUCAGGUCAUUCUUGAUCAGCCUUUACAAUGGAUGAACCAAUGGACCAUUUUGUGUCUCAUCUGACUCGAGGCCACAGAAUGACACAGAGCUACUGUCAUUUCACUUUUUUUAUGUUGUACAGCUUUCAUUAAUAUGCUCUUAAAGGAAAUCUUAUUUUUGUGUUGUAUUCUCAUAAACAGGAAACCUGACCCUGUGUUCCUUGUUUUGUGGAGAUACUAAAAAAAAAAAAAUCGACUAACACAACAAAGCAAUGAAAACUGUCGUUCCUAGUAGGCUGAUCAGACAUGAAUUUGGAAUUUUCUCCAACCCAAUCUAUUUAACAUCAUUUUGUUUGGAUAAGCUCCUUAUUGCUUGUUUCCCCACAAUGCCUCACUUCUUAACCUAUCCGUUCUACUCAUUGCUGGACUAAAACAAUGAACAGGUGUUGCAUUUAUGAGCCAAUUUGUUAACAAAUAAGGAGUGUUGACAAAAAUAUAUUGUGAUAAAAUGACAUAUCUACCUUUUUGGGGAAAGAAAUAUGUAAUAUACUGUAUUUUUGCCAUUUUGUAAAUUAUACACAUUUUGCAAUCAAUAAAAUAAGAGAAGCUCCUUUAUUGCUGUCUCAAUU